GCGUCACUACAUCACAGCAUAUGCGCAGUAAACGUUGCUAAGCCGGAAGUAGAGUAUCCUAAUUGUAAGGGCUAAAUCUAUGAACUAGUCAAAAGCUGUUUCAGAAGUAAUACUACAACGAUACCUUGACAUCAUGACACUCCGAGCUUGUGGCUUCAUAAUAUUUCGCCGCCUGGCACGACGUCCUUCCCCAGACAGCAUUGAGUAUCUUCUCCUGCAAACCUCAUAUGGAGAACACCACUGGACUCCACCCAAAGGUCACGUUGAUCCUGGAGAGGACGACCUGACCACAGCAUGGAGAGAGACACGGGAGGAGGCGGGUUUGGGUGAAGAGAAUCUGCGUGUGGUUGAUGGCUUUCUGCAGAGAUUGCAUUAUCAAGUGCGGGGUAAGGAGAAGGAGGUCCUCUAUUGGCUGGCUGAGCUUCGUGACCCCAGCAUUAAGGUCAAACUCUCGGACGAGCAUCGGGACUACCGCUGGGCCGAGCUGGAGGAGGCGUGCAGGCUUGCGAAAUAUACGGAUCUACAAGACACACUUAAAAACGUCCAGCGCUUUUUAGAGAAGGCAGAAAAGAAACACUGAUUCCACUGUUGCACCGAUGAGAUGAAUCAUUCAUAUAAACUCUAUGCUGAAUAUCAUAUUCAAGACUGUUUUUAAUUUGCCUUUACGACAAUUCGUAUAAAUUGUGCACCUUAUAUGUGCUAUAACUCUUAAUAAUGUUGUUCUUUAUGUACUUUCAACACUGAAAAGAUAAUGCAGAAAUCAAAUAAAAGUAAUUUGCUGUUGUUCCCUCGUGCAGAAAUAAAGCUGAAUUAAUGCUACUGAAUGCUCAA